UGAACCCUGAAUGAAGCAUUUCUGAUGAAACGGUCUCCGGGUAAAGUUUCAUUUUGGGUGAACUGGUUCUGACGGAAACGUCUCGUCACGUUGGGGCAGGACAUGUUCAGUCUUUAUAUUCUCAUGAUGUGACUCCAUUCAGUCUGUGAGUGAACAUCCCAGCAGCUGCAGACCUGAGACAACCCGUCGACCCACAUGUCUGAGCACCCAACACAGGCAGGAUGAGUCAGAAGACAAAGAAAAAAGCUCGAACGUCCUUCGGGGCAACAGCUCCACCCUUCAUUGACUACCUGAAAGAUAUUCUACGUCGAUACCCAGACGGUGGACAGAUUUUGAAGGAGCUGAUUCAAAAUGCAGAUGAUGGUCAAGCCACAGAAGUGGUUUUCAUCCACGAUGAGAGAAGCUAUGGGACUAAGAGCCUGUGGACUGAUGAACUGGAAAAAUACCAAGGUCCCGCUCUCUAUGCAUACAACAAUGCUGCAUUCACUGGUGAUGACUGGGAAGCAAUUCAGAGGGCAGGGAGGAGUGACAAGCGCAAUGACCCAAACAAAGUCGGGAGGUUUGGAAUUGGCUUCAACUCUGUCUACCACAUAACAGAUGUGCCGAGUAUAUUCAGCUCAACACACCUUGGCUUGUUGGACCCCCAAGAAAAGAUAUUUGGAGACAGAAAUGGAGGUUAUCUGUGGUCUUUGGAUGAUCCAGAACACCAAGAAGCUCUGACGUUCAUGCAUGAUCAGUUCCAACCCUUUCGAGAUAUAGUUUCACUUGUGAGCGAACAAGAGUGGUCAAAAGUCAUCAUGGAGGAUCAGUGCUUUGACGGCACAAUUUUCAGAUUCCCUUUGCGCAACAAGACAUCAGAAAUUUCAGAUAAUCUGUAUGACUCUGACAAGGUGGUUGAGCUUUUCGACAGCUUCAUUGCAGAUGCGGACCAGAGCCUCCUGUUCCUGAAAAAUGUGACUUCUGUGUCACUGAUACAUAUCGACGUACAUGGCACUGUGAACACCAGACUUAAGGUGAUAUCCUCAGUGCCCACGGAUGUCGUUUUGAAGUCAGAAGACGAGUCAGUCAUUGAGAGUUUAACAAGGUUCAAACUGAUCACCCUCCACGCAGACGCCCACAGAGAAACAAAGUGGCUUGUGACAACAUGUACCAUGAAGAAAGGCAUUGUAGAAAAUCUAGAUGCACUCGCAGAAAAGUUGAAAUUUUUGCCUCAAGUUGACUUGGCAUUCCCUUGUGGAGAGCGAAGAGACUGCAGUGAAGGUCGACUGAGCUGCUUUCUUCCCCUCCCAAACAAUGAGUCCAACAAAACAGGACUCCCAGUUAAUGUCAACGCAUGCUUUGGUCUCACAGACAACAGAAGACACAUCAAGUGGCAAGAGGAAGACCAGAGACAUGAUGAACAUGCCAUGUGGAAUGAACUGCUGAUGAAGGAGGUGCUCCCACACGCAUACCUCACGAUCAUUCAAGAUGCUAUCAAACUUGCCCAGCAGUCUGUUCUGCCUGUCUGUUCUGUGUACGAUUUGUGGCCAGAUAUUGCCAAGAUACAGCACAAAGAAAAAUGGUGUGCCGUUGGUCUGGAUGUUCUCAGUCACUUGUUCUUACAGGAUGUGCCUCUCCUCUCUCUUGCAAAAGAUGAGCGAAAAUUCAUCACCCUAUCAGAAGCUGUGUUCCCCUGUAAUGGUCCAACAAGCUCUGAAAUACUGGCUGCCAUUAAAAACACUUUGGUUUCCUGUGGAGAAAAUCUUGUCACAUUACCAGGACCUGUUGCAAGAGCCAUACGUGAGGCCUGUCCUGUCAGCAGCCUGAAAUAUGUGACGCCAGCUUUCUUGAGGGACAUUCUCCGCAGCUUUGGUGCGCAUAACAUCCCUAAAGACGACAAACUAUGUCUCUUGGAGUUUAUAUUGAGUGAUGGAAAAUACAGAGAACUUGAGGGUCUUCAGCUGCUACCACUCAAUGAUGGCUCUUUCAGAUCUUUCACAGACAGAGAGGAGGACACUGCUUUAAUUGACAGCAAUGAAUUUCCCAGAGCCUUGCUGCCAUGCUGCAAACACCUCUUCAUCCCUGAUGAUCUCAGUCCAGCCUGCAUUACCCACCUGAAUGAACUGGCCAGAAAAGAUUUCUACAAAGUCAUCAACAUUGACGCAGACCAAGUGGCUGACUACACAAGGAGGUUUUUGCCACCAGACUGGAAGCAGACCAGGACGGGGCUUGUUACCUGGAACAUCGGCUGCAGUCAACAUCCACCUUUAGAAUGGCUCCAAGAAUUCUGGAAAUUUCUCAACACUUACUUCAAAGAGUUAAGUCAAUUCACUGGAAUACCAUUAAUACCUAUCAGCCCCAUGUCUGUCAGUCAGGUUGUGUCACUAGCACAACUACAACAGAGCACAACCCUCAUCUUUCAGAAAAGCAAAAACAGUAGCUUGCCAGAUGAAAUAGCUCAGUUGUUGAGCAAAGCCGGUGGCACAGUGGUGAGAGGAAACGAAUGGCUCCAGCACGUAGACUUAGACUCUUAUGUGCUGUGCCCAUCUCCGAGGAGCGUCAUGAAAGUAUUGGUGAAUUUAGACCCUCAGAAUCUCAUUGGAGAACUCAUGACGGCCUCUCACAGAGCACGAGAAGAGCUGAAAGAUUAUCUCUCUCGUCUGGAUUCUCUCUCAAGGAGUGAGAAUGAUUUACUCUCAAAGUUACCUCUCUUUCAAACCAUGAGAGGAGUGUGUUCGGCAGCUCAAUCAAAGAAGGCUGUUCUUCUGACAUCUGGUCUAACAGUACCAACAGAGCUCCCAAUGCCUGAUUCAGUUGUGCAGUGUGCUACUGAGGCUGAUCGCAGAUUGUUACAGCUGCUCAAAAUUAGUCCCUUGAACACAGCCGAAGCAGUCCUUCUCCUCAUUGACUGUAUUGAGAAGAGAACUUGCAGCAAAGAAGACACAGAGAAAAUCAUGACUUGGAUUUUACAGAAUGGUAAUACCCUUUUCUCUCAGAAUAAGACCUUGAGACAAAGAUGUAAGGACUUGAGCUUCAUUGAAGUGAACGGACAGCUGAAAAAGGCCUCAAACUUUUUGGAUCCAAGAAUUAAAACUUUCCCAGUCAUUUUUGAGUCAAAUCUCUUCCCCCCACAUCUGUACACUGACACAUCACAAAUGCUUGAAAGCCUAACAGAUCUUGGAUUGCUGAAUAAAGAAGCAGAUGUGUCACCUCAGCAUUUGUUGAAUGCCGCCACACUGAUUGACAAAAUGCAUGUUUCCUCUCAAACUGAGGCUGAGAAAAGAGCUCAGGUGCUCUUAAAAAUGUUGGAUGGCAAUAAUCUGCUGUCAAAGUUUUCACAUGAGCAGCUUCAAAGCUUUAAAAUGCUCAAAUGGAUCCCAUGUAAUCAACCUGGUAAUGACAAAUCUCAGAAAAUGUGUUUCUUCUGCCCAAAUGAAGUAAGACAUUCGGAUUUCAAGGACAUUGUUGGACAUGUAAUGCCUCUACUGGGAAAUGUCACUGACAGAGUAAGCAACAAACUUGGUCUCAAAUGUCGACCCCCACCAGAAAAGGUGAUGGACAAUUUAUCGGUCCUGACAUCAAAGGUCCAGAAAAUGGUUGAUCCUGACAGAGAUGUGGAUUUCAAAAUGGAGCUGCAUAGCAUUUACAGACACAUGCAAGAUCACAUCUCUGAAUUUGCGACAAUGAUAAAGGGGGACACACGCUGGCUGUGGAGCCACAACCAGUUUGUUUCACCAAAGGAUCUGGUUCUUGACUACCCACCUAAUCUAGACCUGAGCUCUUACAUUGGAAAGGUGCCCGAUGAAUUCCUGUCAUACAAGAAGUUGCUCAAGGAAUCAGGCCUGAGAACGCUGAUUUCAGAUGAAGAAAUCAUUUGCAUUCUGCAUUCUAUCCAGCAAAAUAUUGAAGGAAGGCAACAGCCAUGUGCAAGUUCCUCUGAGGUAGAAGUGUCAAUAGAAAUUCUUAACUGGCUUUGGAGAGAGAAGAAGGCUGUUAAGGAUGACAUCCCAGUGCCAGUCAUCUUAGAGGGUGAACAAUACACACUGAAACCAGGGUCGACAGCAGUCUUCUGUGAUGUCAGCAAAAAUGGGUUGAAAGAUCUUAAGUGCAGCCAGGAGGAAAUUCAUGUUGUGCAUGAGGAAAUCACAAAAGCAACAGCUGAAUGGUUGAACAUUCAAUUUCUCAGUACCUUUAUCCUCAAUCCAGAGUUAGUGGGAAUAGAGCAGUGUGGGCAAUCUGAGCCAAUAACAACAAGGAUUAAAAACAUUCUUAAAGAAUACGAUGAAGAAAGUGAUGUAUUCAAAGAGCUAAUCCAGAAUGCAGAAGAUGCUGGAGCAGAGGUCUGCAAAUUCCUGGUGGAUUUCAGAGUGCACAAAGAUCCCCCUGAAAGUCUCAUUGACCCUGACAUGGCUCUUUGUCAAGGACCUUGUCUUUGGGCAUUUAAUAAUGAGCAGUUCACAGCUGAGGACUGGGAAAAUAUUGUCAGAGUUGGCUCUGCUUCGAAAGAAACCAAAGUGGAAAAAAUUGGAAAGUUUGGACUUGGAUUCAAUACUGUGUAUCAUGUGACAGAUGUUCCCUCCAUCCUGAGUGGCAACAGUCUUCUCAUUCUUGAUCCAAAUGUAACUCAUCUUAAAAAGCACAUCAAGCAUAAAACAAAUCCUGGAAUCAAGCUUGAUCUCUCUAAUCAGCAACUUUUUCGUUGGUUUCCUGGUCAGUUUGGACCAUAUGAACACAUUUUUGAUUGCAAUUUCAGCAAACAAAGUCCUCCUGAACCCUAUUCAGGCACUCUGAUCAAACUACCUUUUCGAACUGAAGAAGAAGCUCUCCAGUCAGAAAUAAGCACAACGGUGUAUCACAAACACAAUAUCCUCACUUUUCAACAGCACUUAACUACGAAUUCACAAACUCACCUGCUUUUUCUGAAGAAAGUCAAUGCAUUAACUCUACAAAGGAUCUCCAGCAAUGCAUCAACUCCACCAAGAGAUGAUGAAAUAGAAGCCGUUCUAACUGUCUCCAAAACCGUUGUGAGUGCAGUGAGGAUUCCUGAUGAAUCCUUUGUGUCGAAGCAGGAUCAGGCUGAGAAAUCACUGCUGAAGCUUGAUGGAAAAUGUAAAGAGGUCAUUGACUCCACCACAGUCAGUGUUGUCCAAAUCACCAGUCAGCAGUCUGGAGUGACUGAAGUCCAGUCCUGGCUCCUGUACAACUGCUUUGGAACAGAUAAGUCUUUAAAAAUGGCCCUUGAAAAAAACAAAGCAGCCCAGUUCUCUUUGCCCAUAGGGGGGGUUGCUGUGCCUUUGCAAAAUAAUCCCAAAUCCGGGAAACUGGCCUCAUCACAAACAGAUCUUGUUGGACAGGCAUUUUGCUUCCUUCCUCUUUCCAUUCACACAGGUCUUCCAGUUAAUGUAAAUGGUACAUUUGCCGUAACAAGCAACCGAAAAGGUCUGUGGGAGAGUGGGGUGAAAAAUGACUGGAACAAAGCUCUUCUACAGGAUCCUGUAGUGACGGCAUAUGUCAUGACACUUUUGACACUGAAAAUGUCUGAAAUCAACCAACUGGAAGAUUACUGUUAUCACACCUUCUGGCCUGAUAGAGAGAAAGUGAGUGAAACUUUCAAGCCUUUGGUCGAUGCGUUUUACUCCACCAUUGCCCAGAACAACAAUGGUCCAGAGCUCUUUAGUGAUGGAGAACAUUGGUGCUCAAUGGACACUGCCAUAUUUCUACAUGAGAGCAUUGAAGAGGAUAAGGACAUCAGUGAACUUGUCAAACAGCUGUGCAAGAAAUAUCUAAAACCACCCAACAUUGUUGUUCCUCUUCCACUGUGGCUGAAAAAUAGCUUCAAACAGGCAGGCCUGGAAAAGGUUGUACAGAACAGAACAUGGAACUGGGAAAGGUUUUACCAAGAAGUAGUGUUUAACAACCUUGGUACCAUCGACCCUGUGAGCAGAGAUACGCUUUUACUGCAUGCUAUCGAUCUUCAAGUCAAAGGGAUUGACAAUCGACUCAUCAGCGAACCAUGCAUUCCCACAACAGAUGGACAGCUGCAGUAUAUCAACAAACUUGUGAAUCCAUCAGGGAAAGUUGCCUGUCUUUUUGAAGCAGAAGAGGGGCGCUUGCUUGGUGGGACAAAAAAUGACUUUUGCUCCCCCAAAAGGAUCAAACGCUUGUUGGAACUUGGAAUGGCAAGUGACGAUCUCCCACUGGAAGAAAUCACAGAAAAAGCAGGCACAAUCCCCCAAACCUGGAGCACUGACAAAAAGAAAGCAUAUGAGAGGUUGAGAUGCCUUCUUACACUUAUGAAACAUCACAUGUAUGAGGAAGACUCCCCCCAAUGGGUAACACUGAGGAAGACGGAAUUUCUUCCAGCAUUUUCCCCUGGUGACAUGAAGAUGAAAAGAAAUGCAACACUCAGAAGGCCCACUGAUGUGUUUAGUGACAAAUGCAGACUUCUUGUGAACAUGACACAACCUGUGCUGGAUCAUAUCAAUCUGAUUAUACACAACACUGAUCCGCUCCUACAAAUCUUAGGAGUUCAUGACAGUCCAAGUCCUGAGACAGUGCUUCAGCAGCUGGAAGAAAUGUCGAAGCAGUCUCAAUCCACUGACAAACCUAUGCUGCACGAAAUAGCACAUGAGUGCUAUAAGUUUCUAAACCAGGCGCUCAGUGAGUCUGAGAACUCCACUAUAAUCUCACAGAGGGCAAAUUCAUUCCCUUUCAUACUUGUAGGCAGUACAUUUAUAAAUGUGAACUGUGUAGCUGAAAACGAGCAGUUUGAAGCAAAACCGUACCUGCAUGUACUUCCACCUGGCUUCAAAAGUUUCACAAAACUCUGGAAAUGUGUAGGUGUUGAGGAAAAAUACACAAUCAGUCAGUUUGAAACUGUGCUCCAGAACUUGCAGUGUCAACAUGGAAACAAGCCCCUGCCAAAGAGUGAUCUGUCAAUGUGCCUCACAAUUUUAAACAAAGGGAUAUUUGAGGCAAAAGAGAAAGCAACAGUUGACUGCCUGAUACCCAAUGAACAUGGAGUUUUGCAACCUGCAAGUGAGCUGUUUUACGAUGACAGCCCAUGGAUGCCAGUGGCUACUGGUGUCACAUUAAGCCACAAGAAUAUCGCACGUGCUAUGGCUCUGCACUUUGGAAUAAAAACAACUAGGCAUCAUACUCUGCAAAGCCACGUAGCUGACAUUUCACCAUUUGCAUUUCAGUUUGAACAGCAGGAGGAACUGACAGUUCGAAUCAAAAACAUAAUUUCAGCCUAUCCGUCAAAAAAGGAUAUCCUUAAAGAGCUAAUCCAAAAUGCUGAUGAUGCAGAGGCAACAGAAAUCCACUUUGUGUGGGACAAACGACAGCAUGGCAAAGAAAAAACUUUUGGGAAGAAAUGGAACCAUCUGCAAGGUCCAGCACUGUGUGUAUUCAACAACAAAGUGUUUUCUGAUGCUGACCUGACUGGAAUUCAACACCUGGGAGAAGGAGGGAAGCACAACACUCCAGGAAAGACAGGAAAAUAUGGUGUUGGAUUCAACUCUGUUUACCAUUUGACUGACUGCCCCUCAAUCCUCACUGGAGAUCAAUUACUGUGCAUUUCUGAUCCCAAUAAAAAAUACAUUGAAGGUUCUUCAGACAAACCACUUUCUGGCAUUGGCUAUAAACUAGCUGAUGAAUUCAAGAACAUGUACGUCGACGUCUACAAAUCCUUUCUUCCAGACAACUUCCCUCUCAAAGACGGCACCAUGUUCAGAUUACCUCUGAGGAUUGGUACCAUGGCAAACAGCUCUAACAUAUCAAAGCAGGGAGUCACUGACGGUGACAUGAGACAACUGUGCUCUGCUCUCUCCGAAGAUCCUGAAGGAUUAAUUCUGUUUCUGAAAAACAUCUGCAAAAUCGAAGUCCAUGAAAUCAAUGAGCCUUCAGGAAAACUCACAACACUCUAUGUGGUUGAAAAACGUCUACAACAGAAAAGCAGAGAUGAAAAGGAUGCUUUUGUAAAACUUCAACAAGAAGCACUUCAAUCUGACAAAGUAGCAUCACCGCACAACGCGAUUUAUGAAACCAUAAUUUCAACCUCAAGUAAAAGACAAAGUAAGUGGAUCGUUGCAGAGCAGUUUGGCUCAUUCAAAAACAGAGAUGGAAGGGAAACAAUAUCAGAGAAACUUCCCCAAGCAGCAAUAGCAGCACGUGUGAGCUUAAAGGAUGAAAGUAAGGCUCGUGGUUGUUUGGAUUUUCAAGGCGAAGCAUUUUGUUCACUUCCUUUGCCUGGGACCACAGGACUUCCAGUGCACAUCAACGCAAACUUUGAGGUAGAUUCUUCCAGGAGAAGCCUCUGGAAAGAAGAUGGGCAAAGUCUGAAAAGUGAGUGGAAUGAACUAUUGAAACAGAGUGUCAUUGCUCCACUGUACGCAGAUCUCCUUCAUUACAUCAGCCAUAAAAUUCCAGAGACAAAAGUGUCAAUUAGAUCUAUGUCUUUUUGCUUCAAUCAUUCGUACUUGGUUUUUUGGCCAACUGUGUCCAAAGAUGUUGAUCAGAAUUGGCAUGAAAUGAUACACGAGGUGUACAGAUCAAUCAAGGAAAAAGGCCUAAAUGUGAUUCCUGUGAUGAGAAGAUCAAUGCAUGUACUUGCAGGCCGCACAUUUAUUGAAUACUCUUUUGACUGGUGUGACAUCAGAGAAACUGAGGCAACAAAGGCACUUUACCUGACACAUUCAGACGAUGAGGAGAUGAAUCUCAUUUUGGAAGAUCUGGGAAUGAAAUUGGUUCCCUUUUCUACUAAAAUGCAAGAAGUUUGGAAAAGCUUCAAAUCUGCCGGUAUUAAACUGAAAGACGUGAAUCCUUCAACUGUACGGACUUUCCUGACAGAAAAACCUCUCCAUGACCCAAAGCAAACAGAUGAAGCAUUACCACUGCCCAUAACGUCCACUCUGAUCAGUGAUGAUAAAAGAUGUUCAAAGCUCUUGGGAUUCUGCUUAAAAGAUCUCUCGCCGCAAAUGGUCACCAAGGACAAUGCUAGUUUACUCGAUGGGCUUCCACUUCUCCUCACAAGAGAUAAAGUUUUGAGAGUGUUCAACUCUAAAUCUCCUAAACUGAUAUCACCAUACGACAUUUUGUUCUUUGACUACAUGGACCAAUUUGCGGAUUAUCCGACCAACAGAGAUCACAUGACUGUUCUGCAAAGAUUUAACCUCGUCGAAAGUCUGACAGUUCCCCUUGCAGCAAAAUAUCUGAAGCCAUUAAUUCAGCAUCAUCUUGAUAGCUGUGCUGUUGAUUCAGACAGUGGUCUCUAUGUCCCAAACCAGACAAUGUUGGUGUGGUUGAAUUCACUUUGGAAAUUCUUUGCAAGUCAAAUUAAACCUGCAACAGCCAGUGGUGACAAACAAACUCUGACAUUCAGUGAUGUGAGGCAGCUUUUCAGUGACUGCUACAUUCUACCGGUUGUGUGUCCAAGGUUAAACAACAAGUGCUUCUUAAAAACAAUGAAAGAUAUGCCGAGUGUGAUUCAGUUUGCCCCAGAAAGAUCAGACAUCCUCUUCAAACUUGGUUUCAUGAAGCUCAACAAUACAUUCUUCUCCGAGACGCAUGUAGAUCAACAGAUACAUUCACUUCUACGCUCUGAGCUUAUGAAUGUGAAUGAUGCAAGCUGUGUGCUGGACCAGGUUUAUAACAUUAACCACUCAGAGUUUUCCCAGCUCUCCUCUGAUGAGAAAAGUGAGCUUCAGAGCUUCCUGCACUCUGGAGUGUCCAAGGCCAAAGACACUCAAGACUUUCAGCGGAAGCUCAGGUCCCUGCCAUUAUUUGAAACAAUAUUUGGUGAAAGAGUGAGGAUUGAUGGACACAAGGAGGUAUUUAUCCUCAAGAGCGAACAAUUGGGGAAGUUUCCGGAUUUGUUCCUCCUAACCAACAGCAACACCAUUUUUCUCAAAUAUCUCGAGAACCACCAUCUGUCACAGUCACUAAACAUCAAAAUCCUGACUGAUAUGGAGUUUUUAAUGAAGUUCAUUCUCCCUGUUGUACACACACUCAAAGAGAAGCUGGUGCUUCAGUGCUUCAAGCUCUUACUGUCACUGCAACAUGAUUGCAACUACUGUAAAUACAAGGACAAAAUCAUCUCCUCGAUGAAGACGGUCAAAUUGAUUCGCAAUUCCCAAGGCAGUUUGGAGACAGCAUCAUAUUUCUUUGAUGAUAGCAUCGAGCUAUACAAGAAAAUGUUGCCAGAGGAGAGAUUUGUGCCUGAGAGAUUUUGGUCUGAGGUUGAUGACAGAAAUCCACAAAAAAAAAUACAAGCAAAAGAGCUGCUCAGAGAACUUGGAAUGAAGCAUGUGCUGUCAAAUGAUGAAAUAAUAGAUUUUGCAUACCAGUUGGAAUCAAAAGCAAAAGAGAACUUUCAGCUUGAAGAGUUGAAAGAGAAAUCAUCAUUCCUCUUUAGAACAGCCUUAACUAAAGUGAGUGUUGACAAAAACAAUGAAAAGUUGCUGGAGAGCAUAGCCGACAUCAAGUUCAUUUUUCCCGUGACAAUUCAAAAAGAACUGCGCGACUAUCACCAACCAUUCGUCGCUGAGGGAAGUGCUGUUAAAAUCAGAGGCUCUUUGAUGGAUAUCAAUCCCAAGGAUCAAGAAUUGAUUUGGUCUUCAAUGCCAAUCAUACAUUUACCAGUUUAUCAGUCGCCGGAGCUGCUGCGGAUGAUGAAAAAUUCAGGUGCCCAUGAUCAACCACCUCCACAGUGUGUAACCAGCAACAUGAGCAACAUCUGUCAGUCUCCCUGUCAAACUGACAAGUUGAUUAAAACCCGUGCUAUCGUGUUUCGAAGUUCCUACACCUUCCUGCUAGCAAACAGAUUUGACAGUCGGCCACUGGCUGGUCUUCCCAUUGUAUUGGUUGAAAAAGACAAAGAACUUGUGAAGACUGAAGACACGUCUCUUUUCGUCCCCUGUCACAAAGACUUCAGACCAUAUUUGUACAAAAUUCCUUCAGAUGAUUUAAUUUACAAAGAGUUCUUCAAGAAAAUAGGUGUAAAGCAAAACCCUACUGCUGUGGAGUAUAGUAACGUUCUGGCAGCAAUUUAUGCCGAAACUUGUGAUAAACCACAUCUAAACCCAAACCAACUUACCACUGUAAAACGUGCUGUUGAGAUGUUGUUUCGGUUAAUCAAAGACCAAGGAGUCAAGUCCCUUGUUAAUGAUGUGAAGUCUUUGUAUCUUCCUGCAGUAGAUGGUAAAUUAUACCCCUCAUGCACUCUGUACUACAAUGACACGACAUUUGAGACCAAACGGUUUGAAGAAGCAUUGGAGGGUGAGGUCCUGUUGCUUGAGAAACUCAGCGAAUGCCAUUUGGGGAAAGACACCUAUGAGCAUCAUCGGUUGGUGAAGUUGCUGCCUCCAAACCUUCAGCCAAAAAUGCUGUCUCAGGUCACUAAGGAGAAAGUAGUGGAAUCACACAUUGAGCUUUGUGAGUUUGAGACUGACUGUGAAUUCAGUGGAUGGUUUGAACAACAUCUGUCCUCAUUUGCAUUCAGACAUGGACUCAUUUGUCUUAUCAGAGCGUGGUCUCAAGGAGAAAUAAAACACGAAGAUGCCGCUGAAAUGUGCGAGAAGACUUUUGGCAGUAUUCAGAUCGUCUGCUGCAAAAACCUGGAAACAAAGCUUUGGCUGAAUGAACAGCCGCUAGAAAAAACUGCCACUGAAAAUGAUGUUUUUGUCACACCAGUGCAACAAGGCUGCGUAUUUUACCUAAAACACAAUGAUGACAUGGCUAUGAAGGUUAUAACUGAAGUCAUUAUGACACUGACAAAGGAGAUUAUUGCUCUUUUAGGCAACAGAAUUGCACCAGAUCACCUCCCAGUCCUUGGACAACUUCUUAUGUGUGACAGUUUACAAGACGUUCAGAAAACUCUGGCUAAGAAUAGGAUCCAAGACAGCACUGAAACUAAAAGUUUGUUUUUCACACCACCAGCCCCUGGGACAGAAGUACCAAAGGAAUGGCAUGACUCCUUAGACAUGAACAUCCUCAAUAACUUUGAGGAGGGGGAAUAUGUUGGCUACAGCACUGACAACAAGUAUAUUUAUGCAGUUAUUGUUGAAGAACUGCCUGGAAACUCUGGGCAGCUUUCACGCAGAUACAAAGUCGAUAUUGGAGAAGAGGAGCCAAUUGAAGUCAGUUGUCUCGACAUAUACCAGAUUAAACGGGAAAAGAAAGCAAAACAUAGGAGGACUUGCAAAUCCACUUCUUGCAUGGAGCUGGAGCCACUGGCAGGAGCUGUGCCGCCUCAUUCCCAGUCAUCAUCUACAAGAUCCUUACCAGCCUCUGUUGACGAAGCUAAAAGGGAAAUUGAUCAGUGCUUGGCAGAGAUAUGGACUCUUCCUGCGGAGGAGAGGCAUAAAGCCAUCAAGCGACUGUACCUCAGGUGGCAUCCUGACAAAAAUCCUGACCACCAGCUUCUUGCCAAUGAGGCAUUCAAAUACUUGAUGAGUCGAGUUGAUGAGCUCAGCACAGGCAAAGGCAAAACCGCAGGCUCCUCCUUUUCAAGGGGUCACCAGGAUUUCAGAGACUUCUACCAGCAAUGGAAUCAAGAGGCACGGUAUCACCAAAAUAAUCGACAGAGAUCCUCUGGUGGCGGUUUUUGGACCAAUAAUGGAAAUGUCCCUCAGCCGAACAAAGAGGAGGCUCAGCGCUGGUGCAAACAGGCUCGCUGUGAUCUCAAUGCAGCCAACAAGGACACCGGUGGGGGCAGCACAGAAUGGUGUCUGUUCAAAGUCCAUCAAGCAGUGGAAAAGUCUCUUACAGCCGCAGAGUAUAAAAAGCACGGCCAUCCUCCCUCCGGCAGCUCCAUCUCAGCCCUUGCCACACGAGUUUCCUGCUACAACCCCCAACUGACAAAUCUGCCUCAAAUAGUGCAAAAUCUGAAGACGCUGGGAGUGGACGCCAAAAAGACUCAGUAUCCCAACUGCCAUCGGUAUCCCCACAUUCCAAACGGACAGUUCAAAUCUGAGAACGAAAUGCAAGCACUGGAGAAAGCGUCUGAGCUUCUCAGUGCAGUUGAGGCGUAUGUGAAUUAGCAAUUCGAGAGUCAUGUAAUGCUGAGAACACAAAUUUAAGUCUUUAUGUUAUAAAUACAAUUAGCCAUAAUAUAGUGGUAUUUAGACAUUAAUAUGAAACAAAAAAAGUCUCUUUUUGGACUAAUUUCACCAUAUGAUUUGUUACUGAAAUGUAAAAAACAGGGAUUUUGUGCAACGUUUGACGUCUCACCGAGGAUCAGUACAUUCAUUAUCAUUUAUAACUUCUCAUUUGGGAUCAGUACUGUCACCAUACAACUUAUGUUAUGAAAAUGCAGAUAUCAAAUAAUUGUUGUUGUGAUGUCAACAUGUAUGAAUACUUGCUAAUGACCAGUAUAAUCCCUCUACUACUUUGUUAUGUUCUAUUAGUGUCAAUAACCACUCACUGAGGACCAAUAUACAGUGAUCAUUGUGUGACUGUUAUUAAAGUUUUAAACAUUUAUGGCUUCUUUCUGUGGGCCUGUUCAUCCACUGUACUUUAUGUUCUAUUAGUGUUUAUAAGUACUCACUGAGAGUGAUCGAUUUAUGUCAUGAAAAUUCAUGUUUCUUUUCAGUUUUGUUAACUUUAAUAGCUACUUGCGGAAGACCCAAGUAAUCACUGUGCCACUUUGUUUUGAAAAUGCAAGUGCAAACGUUUUUCACGUAUAAUUUUGUCAUAAACUUCUGUUACAGUUGAAUCACCUUUUUCCUGUUAAAAAAAAAAAAAAAAAUUCAAUUCAAUAAAGGAUGAAAAAUGUA